AUGCCUGGCGAUAUCACCGACAACCAUGUCAUUGACAAGGUCACCCUGGUCGACGGCAGCGGUGAUCCCCAGCGCUCGCUCUCUGUCCGCGCUCACGAUGUUGAGCUCCCGCCCGUCUACAACGGCGAGGCCACGCACCAAAGCGAAUACCUUGACCACGACCUUCCCAUUCCCACCGACGAGGAGCUUCGCACCCUCCACCGUGUGAGCGAGAAGAUCCCUCUCAAGGCCUACACCAUCGCAUUCGUGGAGCUGGUCGAGCGUCUUUCGUACUACGCGACCACCCAGGUCUUUGUCAACUUCAUCCAGCAAGACAACCCCGGCACCGCCACCGGCAAGGCUCUUGACCCCAGUGCCGACGAUGCCCAGCCCGGUGCCCUCGGCAUGGGUCAGCAGGCCUCCACAGGUCUGACUACCUUCAACCAGUUCUGGGUCUACCUCAUCCCGCUGUUCGGCGCAUAUGUUGCCGACAGUUAUCUUGGCCGUUUCAAGACCAUCUGGAUCUCUGUCAUCAUCGCGAUCGUGGGCCACGUGAUCCUGACCGCCUCGGCCGCACCAACCGUCAUGGCCGUUCCCAGUCAUUCUUUGGCCGCCUUCAUCAUUGGUCUGAUCAUCAUGGGGAUUGGCACAGGUGGCUUCAAACCCAACAUCUCUCCGCUGAUUGCCGAACAGAUCCCCCGCAGGAUGUACGUGCACACCACCAAGAAGGGCGAGCGCGUCAUUGUCGAUCCGGCUGUCACCACGGCCAGGGUCUACAAUUGGUUUUACUUGUUCAUCAACAUCGGCGCUCUUAUCGGCCAACUGACCAUGGCCUACGCCGAGCGUUAUGUCGGCUUCUACCUCUCCUUCAUGCUGCCGACCGUGCUGUUCUGCGUUGCCCUGCCGGUCCUCUUCUUCUGCCGCAAGUGGUAUGCCCACACCAAGCCCGAGGGCAGUGUGCUGGGCCCUGCUGUCAAGCUUCUGCUGCUGGGGUCAAAGAAGCGGUUCUCGUUGAACCCUGUCACCUUCUACAAGAACUGUCAUGACGGAACCUUCUGGGAGGAGCUCAAGCCAUCCAGGCUGGGCGCGGCCAAGCCGGCUUGGAUGACGUUUGAUGACGCCUGGGUCGACGAGGUUGGCCGCGGCUGGAAAUCGUGCAGUGUGUUCCUGUGGUAUCCACUGUACUGGAUCACUUACAACCAGCUCAACAACAACCUGACGUCUCAGGCAUCGACCAUGGCGCUCCACGGCAUCCCCAACGAUGCGGGCAUCAGAUUCACCCCAAUCAAGAAGAUUGCGGCGGGGUUUUUCACCGGUAGCAUGGCCAUGGUCUGGGCUUGCGUCCUCCAGUACUAUAUCUACAAGGACAGCGAGUGCGGCCCGUACCCGUCGAACGAUGGCUGCGCCAACGUCAGCAUCAACGUUUGGGCGCAGACGGGGGCCUAUGUGUUGAUUGCGCUGUCGGAGAUCUUUGCGUCCAUCACGUCGCUGGAGUACGGCUUCUCCAAGGCGCCCAAGAACAUGCGGUCGCUGGUUGCGGCGUUCGCGCUUUUCAUGUCGGCCAUCUCGGCCGCCAUCGGCGAGGCGUUCAACCCGCUGUCGACGGACCCGCUGCUGGUGUGGAACUACGGGUCCAUGGCCGUCAUCUCGUUCGUGGGCGGGGCCCUCUUUUGGUUCUGCUACCGCGAACUCGACGCCCAGGAAGACCAGCUCAACAUGCUUCCCACCGGGCACAUGGGCAGGAAGAGCGACGCCGAGGACGUGGAAGGCAGCAUCAGCGUGUCUCACGAGCCGGUCCAGGAAAAGAUUUAG